UUAACCAUGGAUCGUACAUUUCAACACGUAUUAUCAUUAUGAUUGUUUACAAAGGUAUACACACGUUUGGUGUAAUAUUCUACUUUCGAUAUUUAAACUGUCAACACUGAGCUAUUUUUAACUUUACACUCAUCAAGGUGUGUACAAAGCGGCGACGCGAGGAAUGUGUCAUCGUGUGUACCUGUAGUUUACCUGUAUUGGAUAAGCGUAUACAGGACUUGACUUGAUGACAGAAUUUAACCGUUGGAAAAUAAGUGCGCGAUAUUUCGUUCCAGACGGGAUUUUAUAUGCUUCUUAAAGUGAUGGAAAUGUCAUUUUUAUUAUGAAUUAUUCAAAAGGUGGAACAAUUAUUUAGUGUCGAUAAAUUACAUAUCAAUAUCCUAGGAUUGUUUUGGUUAGUGUGAUUUUCAAAUAUCCAAUAUGGCGGCGUUCUCAGGUAGAGAUCGACAUAAACUCGCCGGUAUUUGUGUUUGUAUUACAUACCUUUUGUUACUAAGUAUAACAUUCGCUUCGAGUUUGAAUCUACCCCACAAUGAAAUCAAGCUAACAAUUUCUGAGUAUGCUGAAACAGGAACCACAGUUUUAAAAGAUGAUCUAAUCAGCGAAGAAUGUACACAAAUAAAGCAUAUACAAAGGAAGAGAAGUGUUCCUUUUAAACCGUUCCGCAUUGACAUAGAUGGUUCCCUUGUCUUACAAUCAUCGCUUAAAAACCUGUCGGGGGAUAUUUUUGUGAUUCAAAUAAAAGAACUAGAUUGUAAAGAGGUCCGAUCAGCCUCGGUUUCGCACAGGGCGCCCGUGCACAUAGAAGUUGUGCCUCAUCACAAUAUCCUGAGCUUUAUGAAGCCAUCAUAUACAGGCACUAUUAACAAGAAUUCUGUCUUUGGAACUCAGGUGGAAGGACUGUCAAAUCUGUAUGCAUGCAGUUUAGAUGAGUGUGAAAAUAAUCUUGAGUACAGGAUCACUGGGUCUGACAGUUUCUUCUUGGAGACAUAUUCACAAAAUGGUCAUGUCCAGCUUUCCAUUCAUUCAAAAGGUCCACUAAGCAUUGAACAAGCUUCAUAUCACUUUAUCAUUAUAGCAGAAAAUUCAGAUGGACAACAAGGUCAUACAAAUGUUGAAGUUAACAUUCUGGCAACCCAUCAUACCCUGGAUACAAACUUACGUUUUCGACCAAGUGACCAGACACUUCAUCGCCACAGACGACAGACUGCAGAGACCAACCCAGAUCAAAGUGUAAUGGAAACAGCCAGUGGUCAACUUUUUUCUGUGGCUGUAGCUGGAAGCCCCAACUACCGUUACUCGUUGAAAAGCUCAACAUACAAGAAUGCCUUUACUGUCAGUGUCACUGGUGCAGUGUCUGUCGCACCCGGGUUUAAGCUGGACUAUGAGACAUAUGUUCCUGCGAAUAAUGGAUCCAAUCGUAUUAGGCUGGAAAUUACAGUCACUGAUAGCACUCUUCCACAAGGCAACAUUGUGAAGGAGAUUCUACAACCCGUAAUCCUGCUGGACGUUAAUGAUGAGAAUCCAGUGUUCACUAACGAGUUUGUUCCCUACCUGGCCACAGUGGCCCUCAACUCUCCAGCCAAUACACUUGUGUACUCCCUCACAGCCAGCGACCCGGAUGAAAAAGCAAACAUACAGCUCGAGAAAGUCAUGGACGGAAGUUCUGACACCUACUUUGAGGUUGUCAUCGUUGGUAAUAGGGCAGACAUAAAGCGCACUGGUGCGGUACCAUUCCAGAACAAUCAACAGCUGAAUAUAACAGUUCGUGCCACAGAUCGGAAUGGUAAUACAACCCAGGUCACUUCCGCAACUGUUCAGAUCUUGGUCGGUUCACGGGCACCACAGUUCAAACUUGAACAAUUCACAUACAGGUUCCAGGAGGAUAAUGCUGUCAACCAAAGGAUAACAACGGACCUGAACCGCAUCAAGGUGAGAAGCUUCCAGAACAAUGCAGUGAUAUUCUCCAUAUUGGACGGCAACAGUCAAGUAAGCAAUUUGUUUGAAGGGCGUCUGGUUGCCCAGACAUCUGGUGAUGUUAAGGAGUGCGACCUGUACGUGCUGAGGUCCAUGGACUAUGAAGUGGACCCCAAGAACUUCAGCCUGAGCAUCAAGGUCACCGAGGCUUCCACAGGGCUGUCCAGUACUGUCCCGAUGGUUGUUCAAUUGACAGACAAGAAUGAGUUUAAUCCAAGGUUCAGCAUUUCUACGUACAAAAAAGAGAAUGUGCCCGAAAACAUAACUGUUGGUGCAGUUCUUCUUCAAGUUAUGGCUACUGACCAGGACCUUAAUUCCAAAAUUGCCUUCAGUGUAAACAACGACCACUUCAGAGUCCAAGCAGUUGAUCCAAAUAGGAUGGAAAAUCCAUACACUGCAGACAUCAUUGUCAAUAAAGCCUUAGAUUAUGACAGCUUGCAAGUCAAACUGUAUGACUUCACUGUUACCGCCACUGAUAAUGGCGAUAUUCAACGCACUGGUGACGCCACUGUGAGAAUUUUCCUUACUAAUGUCAAUGAUGAAAAGCCAGUGUUUACAGAAAACAUGACAGCCGAUGUCCGAUACAAUGCACCUGUAGAAACUGAAAUCUAUCAGGCAAAGGCCACAGAUGCAGAUGGUGAUGGUGUCAAAUAUAGAUUUGUUUCAAACUACCCAAAGUUUCAAAUUGAUCAGAAUUCAGGACGUGUGGUGCUUCAACAGAAAAUUGCUGACAGUCAAGCCCAGAUCACUGACUUUGAGUACAGGCUGGGUAUUAUUGCCACUGAUGAUGGUGCUUGUUGUGGCAGUACUCAGACACAGUCUAGCACCAGCACUUUGACUGUCAAUAUUCUCACUGACAAUGCCGUUAGGCCAAGCUUUGAUAAUUGUCAAUUGCUGAAUCCAAAAGUUAAGGAAGAAGUGACAGGAGCAACUGUUAUUCAGGUUUCUGCUACAGACACAGAUUAUGGCAAGAAUGGAAAGGUUACAUACUCAAUUCGUGAGCAGAAUGUGCAAUUUGUUAUCAAUUCUACCUCUGGAGUGAUCACCACCAGUGAAAAAAUUGACAGAGAAAAAUUGACAGGCUCAAAAAUUUCUAUCAACGUGAUUGGUGAGGAUGGUGGUGGUCUGCAAGGAACUUGUCCUCUUUUGAUCCAAAUAGAGGACAUCAACGACAAUGCUCCAGUGUUUGGACCAUUGAAUGCCUUCAAAGUCCUGAAAACUGCAAGUGUUGGAACUAUUGUGGACACUGUAGAGGCAACUGAUGCAGACAUCAGUUCAAAUGGGCAGAUUGUGUAUUCCUUGGUAUCAAAUCCUGGCAACUAUUUUAGGAUCGAUGACAACGGGAAGUACACUGGGACAAUAAGAGUGAACCAAACACUGCCUCAAAAUUUAAAUGUGCUGACAAUUAGAGUACAAGCAGCAGAUCAAGGCACCCCUCCACUGUUCAGUAAUGUGACCAUCAAUGUCAGCUUAGUAGAGGAAGCAAACGCUUUGCCUCCAGUUUGGUUAGAUCCGGAAGAAAGUUAUACUGUCACAGUUGCUGAAAAUAUUAGCAUUGCUAAUGCUUUGCUCACUUUUACGGCACAGUCAAGAAACGCAUCAUUGCCAACCCUUAGCUUUGGACUUCUGGACGAUUUUGGCAAACUUUUUACCGCUUCAUCAAAUGCAGCAAGUGGUCUCAAUCAAACUGGAGCCCUGCGACUCUUGACAAACUUGGAUUAUGAAAAAGCAACUGUGUAUUCUGUUACUUUGCUAGCCACGGAUGUAAAAAAUCAACGAUCCUCAAAAAAGUGUACAAUUAACGUGAAAGAUGUCAAUGAUGUCACGCCUACUUUCCUCGGUAUUGAUGAGGAGUCAAAUUUCUUGGAACUGAAGCUACUAGAAGGUGACUACACUACCAGACCAAACGCUGGACAGAUUGUCGACACAAUUCGAGCCACAGAUGGUGAUGGGACCUCUCCAAACAACUUGAUUGUCAAAUACGAAAUUUUCUCGGACCUCAGUGGAAAGUUCACGAUCAAUUCUCUGACAGGUGUUUUAUCUACAAAAGCAGUGUUUGACCGUGAACUAGAGAAUGUGUACACAAUCAGUGUUAAGGCAAUUGAUGGUGCCCCAUCUGCGCUUACAAGUGACGGAAGUUCCAACACAGGACUAGUAACAGUUAAAAUAACCAUACAGGAUGUGAAUGACAAUAUCCCAACUUUUGAAAAGACCCUGUAUAACUUUGAUGUUGCUGAAGACACCAUUAUUGGUAAAUCAGUGGCAAGGGUCACUGCCACAGACCGAGAUUCAGAUGCUGUGCUAUCCUAUUCUAUUCGCUCUGGUAGCUCCAAUGUACCAUUUGCUAUUGUUGCACAAACUGGGGACAUUUAUGUGGCCGGAGAAAUAGACUAUGAUCAGGGACAAAGGGUUUACACCAUGAGUGUUCAAGUGUCAGACUCCAUAUUCAUCAAUUCGACCAAUGUGACCAUCAACAUUCUGGACUCCAAUGACAACCCACCUGUUGUCCAGGACUACUCUUAUACCAACAUCACUGAAAACGAUAACUCUGUGGUUGGAAAGCUUGUAACUAUCAAAGUUACAGACAAAGACAACGACGGGGUAAACACAUUUUUCUACAGUCUCCGUUUCUCAGACAGUCUAAGUCAAAAUUUCUUUGCCAUCAGUUCAAAUGGAGAUUUAAGUAUUAUAAAGGCAUUGGACAGAGAUUUCCCAGAUGGGCUUGCUGAAUUCAAGUUCACAGUUGAGGUGCGUGAUGCUCCGUUAGAUAAGAACCCCCUCUAUGGGUACGGUGAGGUCACUAUUCGACCCAUUGAUGUCAAUGACAAAGCUCCUGAAUUCCCAACGGAAGCAAUGCAAAUGACUGUAAGAGAGGAACUGCGACCACCUGUGGAUCUUGGAAAGGUUGGGGUCGUGGACUACGAUGACCCUCUCCUUGACAACAGCAAGUUUGACCUGGAAAUCAUAAGUCAGUCACCAGAGCCAAAUCAGGUGCACUUCACUCUGUCUGGAACAUCUAUUCAAACAAAUAGCAUCCUGGACAGGGAGAGAGUUGAUAAGUACUUCCUCACAAUGAAGGCUGUUGAUAGAGGAACUCCCAAACAAACUGGGUCCGGAACGUUGACUAUUACUGUUGAAGACUAUAAUGACAAUGCACCAAAAUUUAAUCAGACCUACAGGUUUGUCCUGUCAGAGCACCAAAGGGAAGGUGAAGUUGGUAGAAUCCAAGCCUUUGACGCUGACAUUGGUGUCAACGCCGAGCUGACAUAUUCUCUUGAUGACGCCUCUUUCACAUACUUCGAAAUGAACCAGGAUCGGAAAACAAACCAAGGAGUUCUCACAAUUUUUAAGCCUGUUGAUUAUGAUGACCUAGACAAUCUGCAAAGGAAUUUUAACCUUACUGCAAUUGUUGUUGAUGCUGAUCCCAAUCACAAAGAUCAGACCAGUAUUCAGAUAAUUGUAACUGAUUACAAUGACGAGGUCCCAACGUUUGAUAAAGCUCAGAAGUCUGUGACUGUUGCUGAAAAUAUGGCAGUAGGAACAUCUGUUGCCCAUUUUAAUGCUACUGAUCGGGAUGUGAAUCCAGAAUACAAGAAGUUUGAAUACUACAUUGCAAAGGCUACGGACAAGACCAAACGGUUCAGAAUCAACCAGAAUGGGGAGGUGUUUAUUGAGAAUCCUUUGGACUACGAAACAACUCCUACUCACAUUCUUCACAUCCUUGCUAUUGACAACGUAAAUGGGUCACCACAGAACACAGGCACAGCCACGCUGACGGUAACGGUGACUGACAUCAACGACAACUACCCAGACUUUGCACAGAAAGAGCUGACAGGCAAUCUGAUGGAGAACCAGCAGUAUAAUGACGAAGAGAUUCUCACCAUCACUGCCACUGAUGCAGAUGGCCCGAACAAUGGGGAACCCUUCCAGUUUGGCCUCAACUGCAGCUACCAAGGUGGCUCCCCACAGUGUAACUGCCAGCUGUCGGGCAGUGGCUGUCCUAGUGGCUCUAACAACCGCUUCAGUCUCACUGUGGACACCGCUGGUGAUGGCAACCGUGGCACUGCUAAGUUGAGGGUCACUGGAAAAUUUGACAGUGAAUUCGAGCGAGUUGUCAAGUUACCCAUCUGGAUGUGUGACCUGCGAGGCUUAAACCGUCUAGAUCAUCAGUGUGGAAUCCGCUACCUCAACAUCAAAAUCAAUGACAAAAAUGACAACACACAUCGGGAUGGAACACAGUCCAUCACAGUCCAUAAUUACAAAGGAUUAUUUGGGAACUUUGUGAUUGGGAAGGUAAAUUCCUUUGACCUUGAUGAGAUUGAUGAUGAUAAAGUUUAUACUCUGAUGGAUGAGGCCCUAGCUGGAAAAUUUGUCAGGAUUGAUCCAACAAAUGGAGAAAUAACAUUGAAGCCUAAGGUCCCUGAAAUGAGUUUUGAGUUUAAAGUUGGUGUUAAAGAUCAAAAUAAUGUUGGAAAGACCACCACAGUGCGUGUGACUGUCAUUUACGUCACUGAAGAUGCAGUCUUCAACUCAGGAUCUGUUAGAAUCAAUGGCAUCAGCCCAGCAGAGUUCCUGCGGCGUGAACCUGUUCAGGGCUCGAGCACACUGUACGAGGACAGUGCCUACAUUAAGUUCCAGAAGCUGUUAGCCAAGAAACUGUACGGCUCGGACUCACAACCAGACAUGGAGAAGGUACAAAUGGUGAGCGUGAUGGGUAACGCAUCAUACACAGACGUACGCUUUGCUGCCCAUGGCUCUCCCUGGUACCAGAGCAGCAGGCUGGAUGGCAUCGUGACACAGAAUAGAGCUAAGUUUCAGUCAGAUUUGUCAGAUACACCUGCAACCAAAGCAGCCAAGAUUGACAUGGUGCCGAUAGACAUGUGUCGUUUUGAGACCUGCGAGGGUGGCGGAUGUUUCAAUGAGCUUGUAGUGAAAGACACACCAGUCAAUGUGGGAUCUGGGGCUUCAUCAUACGUGGGAGUGAAUACAAAUGUCCUGGGGUCAUGUGGCUGCAGGGCGACAAACUUCAGCGGUGAAAUCAAAUGUACCCCUGGAUACUGUUACCAUGGCGGCCAGUGUGUGCUUGACAACUGGGGGGUAGUGAGUUGCAAGUGCCCUGAUGGUUUUGAGGGGCCACGUUGUCAGAAACUACGUCAGAGCUUUAACGGUACCGGAUAUGCCCUGUACAAGCAACUGGAGCAGUGUGCAGCUUCUAGAACCAGCAUAGAAAUACUGACAUCCAAGCUGAACCAGCUGAUCCUGUACAAUGGGCCCAUUUCCGUGUUGGAGCCAGUGGACCCUACAGACUUUGUGCUCCUAGAGCUUGUGGAUGGGUACCCUCGCUUGCGUAUCGACCAUGGAACAGGGGAGGUCACCUUGCAGCUGACUGGCAGGUCCAAGAGGCGUCUCAACGAUGAUACCUGGCACAGAAUUGACAUUUUCAGGGAUAAAAAGAAUGUAAGAAUGGUGGUGGAUCAUUGCAUCAACUCGGUCAGAAAUGGCAGCGUAGAGGACAGGUCGGAUUGUGAAGCGUCUGGCUACACUCGUGGUGAAAACAUUUAUUUGAAUGUAGCCCAGGUUCUACAGUUAGGUGGUGUACUUAGCACGCCAUCGUAUCCAGCCAACAUAAUGGGCGACAAGUUCACUGGCUGCAUGAGGAAUCUUGUUCACAAUGCCGAGGUGUAUGACCUCAGCACGGGUGGUCAGUUCCCGGGCAGUCAGGAUGGAUGUCCCCGUGAGGACGCAGCAUGUGGGGAGGCGGGGUGUGGCAACGGUCAGUGUGAGGCAACCGGUGUGGCCGGCUCCCAGCUGAUCGGCACCUGUGUCUGUAAACCUGGAUGGAGAACAUCCCCCUCACAGAAGUGUGAUACGGAGGUUACAGAGCUUUCCCUGAAGACCCAGAGCUUUGUAGACUGGCAGCUGUUAGCCACAUUCAGCGCAGCGCUGAAUCCUCGACAGAUGGCGCUUCAUUUCAGUUUUCGUACAAGAGAUGAUGCCGGCAAGGUUUUCUCCAUUACUGAUGCCUCAGACAGCUCAAAAUACAUUAAAUCUAAGAUUGAGGGUGGACGACUGCUGGUGUCGUACAACCUAGGCGACGGAGAAAUCAUCAUCCAGCUGUCAAACGUGCAGGUGAGCAAUGGUCAGUACCACAAUGUGACACUGGAGCGCUAUGGCAAGGAGUUCAUGCUGAAACUGGACAGCGGGGAGGGGCGCUACUACGCGGAGAGCCUUGGGCCGGUCAAUGGCAUGAUGGAGUUCAAGACCCGGCAGGACCAGAUCCACUCUGGGGCUAAUGUCCUGUACACAUCCGGACAAGGAGUGUUCAGUGGCGAGGAUCUUGUCAGCACGUGUCUGAAGGACUUCCGCUAUGACAACAAGUGGUUCCCGCUGUCAGACGCGGAGGAGUCACAAAGCCCUGCGGCGAUGGUGGUCCAACUAGCGAACACGGAGCAGGGCUGCAAGCGGGAUGACUGCACCAACAGGUGCUCCCCGCCCUUUGUCUGUGUCCCACUCUGGGAGGACUUCUCAUGCCAAUGCCCGGAGCAUUACGAGAAAAACAACAACCAGUGCCUUGUUAUCGACUAUUGUUCACGUGACUCGCCAUGUAUUGGUGGAACAUGUUUAAACAACGUACCACCUAAGGCAGGAGAACAGCCUUUCAAAUGCACAUGUACUGAAAAAUGGUACGGACCACUGUGUCAGUGUCAUCCGUCCCUGAACUCGGGAGGGGCUGUGUGCGCUAUCACAACCAAGAAAGAUGAGGCAGUGGCCAGUGCUACAGGAAUGGCCAUCGGCAUAGCCCUUGGAAUCCUCGUCUUGAUAGUGGCUAUCAUUCUAAUUAUUUACUGGGUGAGAUGUAGAACUGCGGGCGGAGAAAAGGCACCAUUGAAUGAUGAUUAUGAUGACGACAUUCGGGAGAACAUCAUGUACUAUGAUGAAGAAGGGGCUGGUGAAGAAGACCAGACUCGUUAUGAUCUCAGUCGGCUGCGCAAACCUGAUGAUGGUGAUCACCACACGACGCCAUGGGCUUACGCCCACAGGGAGAAGUCCAAACCCCUCGGAGGGGCACCCAGUGAGCGGCCGGACAUCGGGGACUUCAUCGGCGGUCGUCUUCAGGAUGCUGAUGAGGAUCCCAGCUCGCCGCCGUUUGAUGUCCCGCACAACUUUGAGUACGAGGGCGGGGGCAGUGAUGCUGGCUCCCUCAGCUCUCUCAAUACGUCAAGUUCUGGCGACCAGGAUUAUGACUAUCUGAACGAGUGGGGACCCAAGUUUGCCAAGCUGGCUGAUAUGUACAAUAAUUAUGAUUCAGACUAGUGCGCAAGUGCUUUGGGACUAGAUAGGUGCGCAAACUGCACGAGUGUUUUGUUGGUGAUAAAUAUGCAGCUGUAUGAGACAGACAUUGUGAUCUGAGUAAUGUGUUUAUAUUUGUACAUGUAUUAAACCACAGUUCACUUAUUAUGGAAGGAUUUGCAUAUUCCCUAACGUCUUUAUGGUGUUUUAAACUUUUGCAUUCCAAGAAUGGCUAUGUAUUCCAUGAAAAUAAUUCCAUGUCUCAGUCAUUACAACAAAAUUCCAUGCAGUGACAUUCAUCUAAAAAUGGUGCAAAAGAUGGAUUUCUCUGUAGGAGUGUUUUAUGCAUGCAUAUCAAGUGAGUUUUAGAGACAUAUUUAAUAUGUAAAUAAUUCAUAAAGAGUUUACUAAGUUUAUAUUUUUCAAAUUGUUCAAUGUAAAUAAUUAUAUACAUCUAGAUUUUGACUGUGUUGAAUAUAAAUAUACAGUUGUGGAAGUGCUGUGUUUAGAUCUAGCCAGAUAAGGUGGUGAUUUCAUUAACUGACUGCUUAUGCUUUACUGAAUUAGUGUGUUUCUAGUGUUUUCAACAUAAUGUUUUUAAAACAAACAUGUUUGUUUGAUUGUGUGUUUGUUUGUGCCAAGCAUUUCUAUUUACACAAAAUCUAAAUUGAUCUUGUCUCACUGUUUAAAUAUGCAAUUCAUAUAUGUUGUGUUGUAAUAUAUAGUUUGUUUGUAUAGAGUUUUCAUUUAUUUGUUUAUUCUAGGCAAUGACUGCUGGUGUCACACUGCUUGGAAAACAAUCUCUUUGGCUAAUAUUAACUAAUGAUUGGUAGGCUUAUCUGUAGCUCUUCUAGAUAGACCCUGUUUAUUUAAUGUGUUGGUUUUUUUUUCUCAAAAUAUACAAAUUUUGACCAUUUAUGUCCCCUAUAACAAAAUUACAAAUCCUUAAAACAGUUUGUUUGCUAACUUCAUGAUUCAUAUUACCAUAAACCAUUCAGCUGUUGUGAUUUGUUUUCUUCUGAAUUAUACUAAAUUGCCAUUUCUGUAUUAUUGCAAUUUCUUAUUAUUAAAUAGUUAUCAAUUGUAUAUACAUAUCACUUGAAUCCCAAAUAUAACAUAAUAUAUUGUUUUUAGCCAAAUAGUAAUUUGCUAUGUUUAUGAUAUCGAUGAAAUACCAAUUAAUAGAAUAGAAGCCCCUUUAAACAUUUCAUUCAAACAGCAUAACAUAGAUAGCAUACUUAUGGAAUUAGACCCUGUAAAAAGUUUUUUUUCAACACAAUCAUUGUAUAAUAAUUUGUGAACUGAUAACAAAAUUGUUUGUUUUACUUAUUCCAGUUUACUAGAUUUUGCUAGGUUUUGUAUUACUUAGUGAAUUAUUUUUAUACUUCUAAUACCUAUAUUUCACCAUUCCAUUUUUUUGAAAGCUUUGAUAUUUUGUAUCAGAUUGUAUAUUUCGUCUUUGAAUAAUAAUUCAAGUUAGUUACACAA